GCCUGACAGUGAAAGAGCGAACGAGAGCGGCCAAAACAACCAAAAUAAAGUUACGUGAAAUUAUAAAUAAAAAAUAAGGAAAUACACGUUCAGCAGCCGAUGAGCCAAAUACAACAAAGCAACGCUGUAAAAACUGACAACACAUUUCAGUUUAUUCCGCCUCGUGCCAUGUGAGCAACUUCAAAUUGAAAUCAAAUCGGAAUCAGUGUGCGGGUGCUAAUUAGCGGAAGACGGCAAUUUAUUGAACGCGAAAAAAGCCCCACUAUCCAACUUCCAUUUCGACACGAAACCAACCGCCAAAUCAAAUCGCCGUCGAAUUCUGCAUCAAAUGAAUGUGCGAAAAGUGCAAUAAAUCAAUGUUUCUGGGAGAGUUGGAAGAAGAAGACGGAAGCAGCGCCCACAACAAAAGCAAAGAGAGCAACACCUAACGGGACACCCAAACCCGAGACUUAUCAGCACUACGAGACCAUCUCACUAGCUAUAGUCUUAGUUCAUAUCUCGGAAAAUGGACGAGGUCUUCAGCCUGCACAUGGAGAAAUUGGACGUUUACGACGUUCUCCUUUUGGCCGGCAUUCUCUCCGUGAUAAUUCUGAUUUGUAUUUAGUUUAAAUUGAAUGUCAAUCGGACUAAAAUGCAGAAAAAAACACAGCGA